UGUGACAACGCUUUGUGUUUCAAUUUACUGUUUACUAACAAAAAUUUAAUUUUGUGAAUUUAAAGUUUGAGCUAUAGCUUAUAAAAGGAAUACACUUUCUUAUCAGUUGCAAAAUGAAUAGACUUUCGUCGAGAAUUUUUUCUACUUUAGUUAGAAGACAAAAACAAAGGAUAUAUUCUCUUGAUCUGUUACGGCACUCUUUCAAAAUAAAAGAUCCUUAUCAAAAUUCACUUUUCUUUCAAAAAUUGGAAGAUAUGAAAUUCCUUGUCGCAGUAAAACUGUCUAACAUGUUACAACAACGUAGUAUCAAUUCAAGCUCAGGUGACGAUGGAAAUAAAGAAAAAAGAAAACCUCCUGUUUUAAUGAAUUUUAUACCUGUAAUGCGCCCACAAAUAUUGUUAUCAUUAAGAAAUUGGAUAUUAGCCACUUUUAUCAUUCAGCCAUACUUAGACAAAGAUUUCUCAUUAAAAGAAUUUACUGAAGGUUCUAAGCAGGCUUUAGUGAUUGUCUCAUCAUACCUCUCACAAGGGGAUUUUCAGUCAUUGAAAGGCUUGGUUACUGACGAUGCUAUUGCAGAAAUCAAAAGGAACUAUUCAUCCUUAAAUAUUAAAGAAAGGCAAGAUUUGCUUACAAAAUUCAGUGAUAUUUUCAUCUCUUUUCCUUACCAAAUAGGGAUUAUUUUUGAUGAUGAUAAUCAGAAACGUUAUGCUGAAAUAACUGUAGUCUAUCACAUUAUAAAGAAUUUAGAAGAUAUGAAAAUGCAAAGUAAAGUGAAUUCAGAGGCUGUGAAAGAUGAUAUCAAAAUAUGUAAUUACAGAUUUAUUAGAGAGUACACAAAAGGUGUUGAAAGUGAUUGGACCAUUAAUAGAUUGGGACAUUUCAAGUUAUGCCAUUUUGAAGAAUGACAUUUCAUUCAUAAUUAUUAGGUGUUUUUUUAAAUUACCAUAGUGUAUUUUGGAAGUUAUUUAAUUAAUUAAGUAUUAAAUGUUUUAAUUAUCUUGUA